UAAAUAUGCAAAUGCGUGAUAGCCAUUGAAAUCACCAAGUCAAAAGAAGAAGAAAGAAAAAAAAGAACCUAAAAAUGUGCAAUCCUCUUCUUAGCAAACAUGUCUUUCUGCUUGUGUUGUGCAUUGCUGUUUGGAAUCUGCCAAUCAUCUCUGCAAGAAACCAAGCAACCUUGGCAUCAGACCCACCAUUAACCACUGUUCAUAUCAACAACAAUCUUCCAAUUGCUUUGGAAUAUUUUACAAUUCACUGUAAAACAAAUACCGAAGACUUGGGAGUCUAUGAAAUAGCUUGCAACACUGCCUAUGACUGGAGUUUUCGCUUUGGAGGGGUCACGCUUUUGAAUUGUGCUAUAAAUUUUCGACGCUACCCGCAGGGUCGUUUGGAGGACGUGUUUGGAGUCUUUGACAUGUAUGUUGCUGAUAGGGAUAAGAGUAGGUGCCCCACAAACUGCAUUUGGAAUGUGACUGAGGGUGGAGUUUAUGGUUAUAGAGACUACAAUGUCGGAGAGAGUGAUAUCUCUCUUCAGUGGCCUAAACCACCACCACAGAUGAGCUAAUAGUGUUGCUAAAAUAAUGAACAUUACAAAAGCUAAUUGGAUUUCUGCUCAUAAUAAGAAAUGUAUGGGAGCCUUGUUGCUUUGGAAUUAAUAUAAGGAAUUCGUUC